GGCCAUCUGCAGAGUAAGAAUGGUAUCAAAGGCCAGCCAGUAAUCCUAUAUGCUUAUCCACUUCCCAGGGUAGGGUACACUUACCCAGGCCCAAAAUGAGGCAGAUGAGUAGAAGAACACCAAGGUCACAAGACAGUAAAUGGCCUGUAAGCAGACAUGAUCAGGCUGGAAUCAAAAUCUACCCUAAACCACAGGCCUUCCUCAAUUCUAACCAAGAGUUAGGCCAGGCUGUGGAAAGAGACAAGUUGCUUCUCAUAGGGUUGGUGGGGGAAAGGGGUCUGUUCCCUGAGUCCUGAGUACCUGGACUCCCCUCUGAUGUGUCAGCCCAGGAAAGAAGGGCAUGUGUAUCUGGGAUGGGAAGGAUUGGGCUCAAGUCCAUCGGAGACUCAAACCCUCCUUUCAUUUUUGGUUUUGUUUUGUUUUGUUUUGACUACUCAGCACUUUCUUGUGCCGGGAUCCAUUUUCAUUUCUCCUUAAUUGUAGUCUUCUUCUGGAAAACUACACAUGGCUGUCACAUACCACCCCUCCACCCUCACCCCCACCAGAGCUGACUGUGGGAUCUCAGGUGGGCACAGAAGCAAGGAGACAAAUGUGCAGUACAACAUCCCCGUGUCCUCUGCCUCCCUCCCGGCCAUCAAGAGCCUGGGCCUCAGGGGCAUCACCUGCAUCGGCCUGACCAACCUGGAUGACUCACCAGCUUCGCACCAGGUGUUGAAGUCUGUUGCCUAUCACUUGGGCCCGAACCUGCAGAGCUUGUGCCUCAGUGGGGGCAGCCCCACAGAGGCCUCCUUUGUGGCCUUGCUCCUGGGCUGCCCAGCCCUGCGUAUCCUUGACCUCAGUGGCUGCAACAGCCUCUUCACAUCGGGCACGCUGCUAGCUCAGCCCGAGAUGGCACAGCAGAUCCGGCAGGUGUUGCAUGGCCUCUGUGAGCUCAACUUGGCUGGCCUGCGGGACCUGACCGACCUCAGUUUCAACCGGCUCAGCAGCUGUGCCCCCAACCUGGAGCGCCUCUCCUUGGCCUAGUGUCACCUCACUUUUGAACUAGGCCCAGCCCGGGGCUCCCUUGGCCCCCCAGACUCCUCCCCCUCCCAGCUCUCCUUCCACAACCUGCUGCGAUUCAUGAAGCGAAGGGCUGGUAGGCUGCAUGCGCUGGACCUGAGUGGCACU